CCUAGAUGGUUCAGCAGACAUUGUCUCGACGGGUCUGGGUGUAGACUUUGCUCGAUUCUCAAGACCCAUAUUGGGGUUCUGUGAUUUCACAUUACCUUCAUUCAUAUGUCUUGACUAACUAAAGGACUUACACCGACAUUUAAGAUUCUUUAAACAAUGGCGGAGGCAUGUACUCAAACAGAUCUGGCAUCUGAGGAAGAUAGUGUGGAAAAUGGCCAGGCAUCAUCCACAGCUUCCGAGUCUGAGUCCGGAACAGGGGAAAGCCAAAGUCAAGAUUCUGAUAACACGGCAUUCCCUCUUGUCACUGGACAAGACACAUCAUUCAACUACCUUCAAGACCUCAAGAGACGGAAGAUGAAGAUGAAGAAACAAAUGACCCCAGCAAUGAAAACCAGCAAACUACUUGGACUCAUUCGAUUGCAGUCCAAAAACAUUGGGCAAUCUCCAUCACCUAAUCCCACCAUCUCAGAAUCAUCAAAUACUGAGCCCCCUUUCUUUGGUGAUGAACAUUCAGGUAUGAAUGUGUUUGGAGAAGGGGAAACACCUACUGUGUUUGGAGGAGGGGAAACACCUUCUGUGUUUGGAGGAGGGGAAACACCUUCUGUGUUUGGAGGAGGGGAAACACCUACUGUGUUUGGAGGAGGGGAAACACCUACUGAGCAGGGCCAGUUGAAUGUUGGGAAGCUGGAAUUUGCGGCUAUGCCAGGCUACAAUCCAGUAGAAACUCCUGUGGCACCAAACAGUGAAACACCAUAUCAGUGUCGACUGUGUCCAGUGGCUUUUGCAACACCAUUGUCCCUGAGAGGUCACAUGUCAAGCCACAGACUUCCUAAAAAGUUUGUAUGUCCUAUCUGUGCAAAGUCCUUUGCUCAUUCUAGCACACUCAACUACCAUGUCCGCAAGCACAAAGGAGACCUGAGGUACAAAUGUGACCAGUGUGACAAAAGAUUCCUCAAACCGUUCAGGCUAAAAGCUCACAUCUUGUCCAUGCAUUCUUCAGAGAAGCCUUUUGCAUGUCGGUACUGUGAAAAGUCAUUCAGCUCCAAUAUGAACUUGAACAGACACACCAGAGUACACACAGGGGAAAAGCCAUUUCUCUGUCUCCUCUGUGGCAAAAGAUUCAGAGAUAACUCAUCUUUCUCCAUGCACCGAAAGUACCACAAUGAGAACAAACUUUUUGAAUGCGAUCUAUGUGGUAAGACAUUUGUCAAAAUGGGUUUGCUUCGAACACACAAAAAAUGUGUACACGUAGUUGACAAAAUACAUGAAUGUUUCCUGUGCAACAAAGCAUUCAAAGCUAGGGAUUACCUCCGAAAACAUUUGAUGGUCCAUCAAACAAACAAGCGGUUUAAAUGUGACUUUUGUGAGUCAUCCUUCUCCAGAGCUGGAGCGCUGAAGAAACACAGAUAUCUGCACACUGGAGAGGAACCAUUCAAGUGUGAUGUAUGCUUGAAAGGUUUCCGGGACAUUUACACUCUGACCAAACACAAACGGCUACAUGAGAGGAAAGUUGAAAGUAAUCCUCCACUGUCCGUGGAUGAAGUAAAUGAGAAGAAGGCACAGUUGUAUGAAUGUGAUAAAUGUAACCGAAAAUAUUCACUAUCAGGUUCAUUAAAAAUCCACAAGCAAAAAUACUGUAAAGGGGAAAUUGAAGUGAAAAAUGAAGAGCUGAAUCUGUUUUGCACUGGAUGUGGAAUGCUCUUUCACCACAAGCAGUCUCUCGCAAAACAUAUGAGGAAGACAUGUGAAGCUAUAGUUAGGAAGAAGGAUAAGGUGUUUCUCUGCAGUACAUGUGGCCUGGUAUUCUUCUCUAAGGUGAUGCUGAAUGAUCACCUCAGAACCACAACAUGCUCCCGGAAACACAAGCCCAGAAAACUACAAAUGUGGGGUGUGUGGUGCUGAAUUUUCUCACAGGGCAACUCUUUCCAAGCACAAGAAACUGCAUGGGGAUAUGCUGCCAGAUGCGGCUGAUGAUGAUGCUACCGCAGGUGACAAUGCUGAGGAAG